CUCUCUUUCUUUUCGUUGUUUUCUAAGCUGCAAAUCUCUCUCUCUCUCUCUCUCUCUCGUUUGCUGAGCUCUCCAAUCUCUUUCCCCCUCUCCGCUCGCUCUCAAGAGCUCUUUCGCUCUACCGCUCAAUCUAUAUGUAUGAAUCGAAACCCUAGAGCUCUCCGAUCCAGUUGGAUGGUCCGCAUUACAAUCAGAGAGCUCGACGCUCCGAUCUAGAGAGUUGAAUAGUUUCACGGAGUUCUAGAGAGAGAGAGAGAUAUGUAUAAGAAUCAGCUGCAGGAGCUGGCGCAGAGGAGCUGUUUUAACUUGCCGUCGUACACGUGCAUAAGGGAGGGUCCGGAUCACGCGCCGAGGUUUAAGUCGGUCGUGAAUUUCAACGGGGAUUCCUUCGAGAGCCCUAGCUUUUGCACCACGCUCAGGCAGGCCGAGCACUCCGCCGCCGAGGUCGCCCUCAAUGCGCUCGCCGUCAGUGGACCCUCGCAUUCACUUGCCGCCAGGAUUCUGGAUGAGACAGGGGUCUACAAGAAUCUUUUGCAGGAGGUUUCACAAAGAGUAGCAGCAUCUUUGCCAAUAUACACAACUUUCCGGUCAGGCAUUGGACACGUACCUUUCAGUUGCACUGUAGAGUUGGCUGGCAUUAGGUUUACUGGCGAACCAGCCAAGAACAAGAAACAAGCUGAAAAAAAUGUGGCUAUGACAGCUUGGUCAUCUCUGAAACUACUAGCACAACAAUCUGAGUGUUCAUCAUCCAAGAAGGUGAAUACCGAUGCUCAGGAGCAUGUCGCUGUAUCGCGUGCUUUGCAGAAUUUUCUUAGGAAAGCAAAAAUGCUUGAUGUAUCCUUUCCCAUUCAGUUCCCAACACAGAACCCUAGUCCCUUGACCACAACGAAGCCCCCUCCUAUUAGGGCAUCAAAAAUCCUUCCCCUCAUAUACUCCAAGGCUGCUCGAAACAGACAUGUUAUUACACCUGUAAACAACAGCUUGAUGUGCCCAAGCAUCAGCCCUCAAAAUAGACCAUUAACCCCUACAAUGAAUGAAACCAUAUUUCCAAGGGCGCCUGCUGAAAGCCAACCUGUUAUUGCUGCAUCAUACGAUGUCCCGCUACCGUCACCAGAAAGCCCCAGAAUCCAGCCUCUGAAGUUCCCUGCAGCUGGAGCAGCACCCUACAUUCCUGUCCAUAAGUUCAGGGCAUACCAUGGAAUUGCACCACCAGUGACGAUAAGAAAUGCCAUACCAGUUUUCUCUGCACCACCGCUUCCUCCACCUAGCCAGUCCGCACAGCAGAGGCAGCCCUCACCGGCUAGUAUUGCUCCACCUGUUUGUAUAAGGCCAACAUUGCCAGUUUUUGCUGCUCCGCCAGUUCGUAUAGAGGAGCCACCUGUUUCAACAGCUCUUCCCAUCCUGCAAGCUGGAAAUUCGGUGCACAUGGAGAACAAGGUCCAGAACAACCAGAAGGUAUCUGUGGUGGUGACACAAGAGUUGCAAGAGUUGAAGAUUUGAUUGCAAGCAGGGAGGUUUCGAAUUGCUGGAACCUGUAUUAAGGUUUUGUGCUGGUUUUGUUUUCUAUACCUGUUGUGGGUUCUAUGUAGGUUUAGUCAUUCCGAUUUUCUUCUGCUGGGGUUUUCGAGCUCUUGGCACUGUACUGUCCACCUCAGAAAAUGAAUAUCCAAACUGCCAGAUACAUAAUAAGAUGACUGGUGGGUAUGGUCCAACUGAAUUCGAACCCUACUAAGAUGAAGAUGAGUGAGGAAUAGAAAACUAUAGCUGUUUUUCUAGUUCUAGUUGCUUUCGUACUUCACUAAGCUGGAGAUGCUAACAAUUUAAUCCGUAAGAGCAUCUUCAACGAACGGUAUCCUAUAUGACAUGACUUUUUUAUUGUUA